GACAGAGAGACGGGUAUAGGGAGGCUCGUGCGUACAGUCAGGCUGUAGAACGGUUGCGACGCGCGUGCGCACUGGCUGCCGAAAUCACAUGGGAGGCGCGUGCGUGGUGUUUGCUGGGAGGUUUGAGCAGUUUAGCUGAGAAUGUGAAUUAAAAUGAGCAAACGGAAGUUGAAAGAAGAUAGCUUUACAAAUGGAGAAUGCAUUUCAAAGGUACAAAAAAUAUUACGUGAAAGAUUCUGUCACCUGAAUCCAAAUGAAAAGUUAUUUGGACUUGAGCAUCAAUAUAAACAGUUACUUGAGCUGAUAAAACAUACUGCCAUUAAUGGUGAAAGCAAUUCUGUACUUAUUAUUGGACCACGAGGGUCUGGAAAGACUCUGUUAGUUUGUCAUGUCUUAAAAAAACUUUUGGAUAUAGAGGAAGUAAAAGAGAAUGUCUUGCAGGUACAUUUAAAUGGGUUAUUACAGACCAAUGGUAGAAUUGCUUUGAAGGAGAUUACAAGACAGCUAAAUUUGGAGAACGUGGUUGGAGAUAAAGUUUUUGGUAGUUUUGCAGAAAAUCUUGCAUUUCUUCUGGAAGCGUUAAAGAGAGGAGAUCGUGACCACAGUUGCCCUAUUUUGUUCAUUCUAGAUGAGUUUGAUUUGUUUGUCCAUCAUAAGAAUCAAACGUUACUCUAUAACCUUUUGGAUAUAUCACAAUCUGCCCAGACACCUAUAGCUGUUAUUGGUCUGACUUGUAGGCUGGAUAUUCUAGAACUCAUGGAGAAAAGAGUGAAGUCAAGAUUUUCCCACCGGCAAAUAUACUUAAUGAAUUCCUUUGAUUUUAAAACAUAUUUGAAUAUUUGUAAAGAACAAUUAUCCCUUCCUCCAGAAUUUCCAGAAAAGUCCUUUAUCCAGAAGUGGAAUAAACACAUACAGUCUCUUCUAGAAGACAUAAAAGUUCAAGAUAUUCUACAAAAUCAAUUUUAUUAUAGUAAAGACCUGCGGUGUCUGUUCAUGUUGCUGAUGCUUGCUUCAAAUAAUAUAACUGCCUCCCACCCUUACAUUCGCGUCUCUCACUUCCUGGAAGUCAGUAAACUCUGCAGAAUGGACACAAAAGCAAAUAUUGUGCAUGGUCUGUCUGUGCUGGAAUUGUGCCUCGUAAUAGCUAUGAAACAUUUAAAUGAUACUUACGAAGGAGAACCGUUUAAUUUUCAGAUGGUUUAUCAUGAGUAUCAGAAGUUUGUUCAGAGGAAAGCGCAUACUGUGUACAAUUUUGAGAAGCCUGUUGUCAUGAAGGCCUUUGAACACUUGCAGCAUCUUGAAUUGAUAAAACCCGUAGAAGGCCCAUCUAAUUCUGUACAAAAAGAAUAUUUGCUAAUGAAGCUGCUCCUGGAUAACAGCCAAGUUAUGGAAGCUUUGCAGGUGUAUCCAAAUUGUCCGACAGAUGUCAAACAAUGGGCUACAGCUUCAGUCCACUAAUUAUAUAUUUCAUAAGUUUCAAAACCAGCGUCACCAUUUGAAAAACACACCUUGAAAUUAUAGACAUUUGUCUUCAGCUGUUAUAGGACUUGCUUAAAUGAUUGGGGUGAGGGGUGGGGUACUCUUCAUUUUAAAUAAAGCAAAAUUUUCCAAGAAGUAUAUUAUUUGGACCUAGAUUAGAAAUUACCAUAUUAAAAUGAUCUCAAAUAUU